AUGUCGAACCUUGCACAAAGAAUAUCUCGAGCUGCCCCUUCAGUGGGAAGACUCGCCCGCGCCACGCCGCGUGUGGCACCGUCAUGCAAUAUUACAGCCAGAGCAGCAGGAAUAGCAACCUGCAAGUUACCUACUCGCCAGGAGCCGACACGGCGGUCUUUUCACAACACUACAGCCAACGCUACCAAGACCGAAGUGACUCGGAGCAGCCCUCCAGGGAUAUUACCCGAGUUCAGCUUAAAAGACAAGGUCAUCGUCGUCUCCGGCGGAGCACAAGGACUAGGCCUCGUACAGGCAGAAGCUCUCCUGGAAGCAGGAGCCAAAGUGCACGUCUUCGACAGACAACCUCGACCUGGCGCUAGCUCGUCUUUUGAAAAAGUAGCACGCCGAGCCAAGGAGGAACUGGGCACCUCGAUAAGCUAUCACCAAGUCGACGUUCUGGAGGCAGCCGACAAGCUUCACAAGAUCACCAAAGAUAUCGCCGCCAAGGAGGGACAUAUCGACGGGUUGAUCGCGGCUGCUGGCAUCCAGCAGGAGACUCCAGCCUUAGAUUACACUGCCGAGGACUCGAACCGCAUGUUAGGAGUCAACGUUACGGGUGUACUCAUGACAGCGCAGGCCGUGGCAAAGCACAUGUACCAGAACGACACACCCGGAAGCAUCGUCCUGAUCGCCAGCAUGAGCGGCACCGUGGCAAACCGCGGUCUGAUCUGCCCUGUAUACAACGCCUCCAAGGCCGCCGUCCUCCAACUAGGCCGCAACCUAGCGAUGGAAUGGGGCGUCAAGAACAUCCGCGUGAACACCAUCUCGCCGGGCUACAUCGUGACGGAGAUGGUGCAGAAGCUAUUUGAGAAAUUCCCCGACCGCGCGGUCGAGUGGCCCAAGCAGAACAUGCUGAACAAGCUUAGCAAGCCCGAGGACUACCGCGGCGCGGCUAUCUUCCUGCUUAGCGACGCUAGCCGCUUCAUGACUGGUGCGGAUCUGCGUAUUGAUGGUGGACAUGCUGCUUGGUAG